CUUAAUGCCACACCUCCCUUCUCAAGAUGGCGUCACUCAGUUACCACCUCAUUUUAUGUCACUGUCGGAAAAGUCACCUUCGCCUCGCUUUACGGCACCACCCGAAAGAUCAUUUCCGCCAGAGUUUGACUGCCAGGGAAAAGAGAGAAGCUGGUUUUUGGGGUCCCGCAGGACCAAGGCUUCAGAGCACUGCGGUGAUCAUGGACCGCAGGAAGAAGCCAUUAGACGUCACGGCCUCCUCGUUAGUGGACCUCAAGGCUGAACUUUUCCGAAAACAAGAAGAAUUUAAAAAAGAAAAACUUCUCAAAGAUGCUGGAGUUCCAGGGAAACCAAAAUCAACCAACAAGAAACCAAGUAUUUGGAACAAACAGAAUGCUGGUGUUUCAGAACGGGCUGAAAAAGAUGCCGAACAGAAAUCUGAAGAGCAAAAGACAUUAGAUAAGUCAAGGGAAAAAUUAGAAGAGAAAGCCAAAUUGUAUGAGCAAAUGACUAAAGGAGACUUCUUAGAUGAAGAAACAGAGGAGAUGUACCUUGUGGAUUUCACCCAAAAGAUCAUAGACAAGCGAAGAGAAGUACAGGCCUUAAGCCUGAACAAAGCAUCUAAAAAGACAACAGCAAAGGAGGCAGAUGAAGACGAAGGUCUAUCUGAAGUAGAUAUCCCUCCUCCCCAAGACCCCAGUGAAGAAUGGGUUGAUUAUGUGGAUUCUUUAGGCCGUUCUAGGCGCUGCAUGAGGAAAGAUUUGCCAAGCCUUUUGGAAAUGGAUAAAAAUCUUCAGGGAAAGCUAUAUGUUCCUGACAAAACUCUGUUGUCUGAGGACAUGAAAAGAGAGCUCCAGCGACAGCAGUGGGAAGAGGAGGAAAAAGAGGCCCUGAGCAGACCAGUGGGGCCCAUCCAUUACGAGGACAUUCGAGAAAAUGAGGCCCGACAGCUUGGCGUUGGCUAUUUUGCCUUUGCCCGGGAUAAAACCAUGAGAAACAAGCAAAUGGAGACAUUAGAAAUGCUGCGAGAACAGACUACAGACCAAAGAACCAGACGGGAGAACAUCAAAGAAAAGAGAAAGGCUUUGCUGGAUGCCAGACUUGCAAAACUGAGGCAGAGAAAGAUGAAGAAGCUAAAUGACGAUGGGGCUGAAGAAGAGAAUGGAGAAAAAGAAGUUAUUGGGCCUUUCCCACCCGAACCAGAACGAACUCCAGUUGCCCAAAGGAGCAAAGUAGAAGUCAUCAUCCAGGAGAGAAAAGACACCAAGCCAGGCGUCCCUUAUGUCCGCGAGUGGGACCGAGGGAAAGAAUUUUCUUUUGGACACUGGUCAAAGAAGCAGUCAGAUCUCAGGGCUGAAAGAGAUCCUGAAUUUGCCCCUCCGUCGGAUUACUUUUUGGGCCAGAAGAAAACUGGUCAUUUCAGUGGCCAGACUUGGAAUCUCUCUGGACCUUCACAUGACACCUCAGGGCUUGGCUCUAGCCAGAGCAAUGAAUCCACCCCGAACACUUUCCCCAAUCAACCAAGACAAGCCCCAAGCCCUCCUUACCAGAGUCUGGAUGAUAUGCUCUCAUAUUACAAACAAGUGACCUAAGUGUGGAGAGUCCUUGGACAGUGGCUUCUGCUCUGUGACUCCCUCCUUUGAAGGAAGAAUUUAAAUUUCAUAACAUUUAUUUCCUCUCCCUUACUCCUUCUGUGGGAGGCGAGAUCACCACGUGGUCAAUAAAGAAAUCUAAGUUAUUCCAACAUUUAAUAUAGAAAAGAAGAGACCCAGAAAAAGGAGACCUGAGGAAUUCUGCUGCUCCUGGGCUGAACCAGCAUGUAUCAUUCUAAUGGGAUUAAAGCGCAAUUGGAAUUAUAAUGGAAUAUUCUUUCAUAUUCAAAAAAUUAGAAUAGAUUCUGAGCAAAAAAAAAAUCUCUGUACCUUCCUUUUGCCGAUUAUUCCUGUUGUGAUAGAUGUGGCCUGCUCUUGCAAAUGGUUAUCCUAAAAGGAUUCCACUUCCAAAUGAGUUAAUUUAAGUAAAUUAAGAAGAAAUCUAACCUGUAAAGCGAAGUUAGGGAGAUGAGGCAAGCAAUGCAUUCCAUCCCCAAUUGGACUGCCAGCCUGAGAAAAUAAAGCUGCCAACUUUCAGGCUAAAACAGUCCAGGCCAGUCACUUAAUUAGAGAGGGACUCAGAGAGAGAGUCAUGCCAGGCCCAAAGAAUGAGUCCUGAGACCAAGGGCUGCCUCUGAUGACCCUGGUACAGCCCCUUUUCCUCUCUCCCCAAGACUGCACAGAAGUUGCCUGGCUGCCUCAGUCAAGGGAGUUUUCCUAUCAGGAGCUCCUAAGAAAUGUUUCAUUUUUAUAAAAUCUUAAGUGACUAUCACAGGACCUGGAAUGGGACCUUGUACACAGCAGGCCUUCAAUUCAGUGUGUGCUGACUGAAUGUUAGACUGGAUAGUUCGUCUAGUCAGAACACACUGAAAACAGGACUUAUUCCUCAUAGUUAUUGGUAUUCAUUAGAAUGGACAUUUAUUACCAGCCACAGGAACAGUGGGUAGAACACUGAGCCUGGAGUCAGGAAGAUACAUCUUCUUGGGUUCAGAUCUGGCCUCAGACAUUUCCUAGCUGGGUGACCCUGGACAAGUCACUUUACCCUGUUUGCCUUAAGGAAAUGGCAAGCCACUCCAAUAUUUUGCCAAGAAAAACCCCUACCUAGGUCACAAAGAAACAUGAGCGAACAACAACAAACUUCAUUUUAGAAUAUUUGGAUUUGAUCCUCUCUUCUCUUUUUCUGGGUCCAGGUCACUGUGGGAAGCAUGUGAGACAAGGUCACCCCCUCUCUUUGCCCCCAAAUGUCAGUGUUUAUUUGGGAGACUAGCUCCAAAUCAGAAUAAAAUGCAGAGAGAAGACCAUCUCUCCCAUGAGAAGCCCUCAGCCACCUCUCUCAUCCCCCGCACCCCAACUUAAAGCAGCAGGUUUUUGCAGACAAGAUCCACAUUCUCAUGGGGUCAGGGGUUGGAAAGCAAAGUCCAGAAUUCUCCAGGCAGCCAAAGUCUCUUUAGCUUCUUAUGUACUUGAUCAGGCCCUGAGAAAAAUGAAUGGACCAGAUGACCUUCCACCACCACACAAAAAGUUCCAAUUAAAAGGAAAGAAACCCCUUUCUCAGCUCUAGAUUUGGAGUCAAGAAGAUCUAAGUUUGAAUCUUGCCUCAUAGACACUAGACAACACUUGCCUCAGUUUCCUCAUCUAUAAAAGGAGGAUAAUACCACCUACUUCACAUCCUAGGGGAUAAUAAAUAAGGUGUUUUGUAAAACUUAAAAUACUCUAUAAACACUAGCUUUUACCAUUCUGUAAGCCAAAUGACGGAGUCAGUUGUAUUGCUAAGUAUUUCUGUACUCAGUGGAUCUAUGAUCUCUUUGUUCCCUCCACUGAUACAGAUCACAACUUAUCCUGCCCAUCACCCUCUGUGGGUGUCAUUCCUUGGCAUCCGCCACAGAGAAUCUUCCAAGGGUGUGAGAGGCCUCCCUCUCUAUUCAAAUGGAGUGAAAGAAAUAAAAUUCACAGGUGGAAGAAAAGUCAAACAAAUAAAAAAGCAAAAGAAAAUGCUGGCGAUUAAAAAUAAGAAAUGUAGGAAAGAUGUGGGUGAGAAACUGAGUCAAAGAAGAAACAAUAAAAGAUGAGAAGACAAAACUGCCACUGAGACAAGUUUGUGAAUGGAAUUGAGUGGGCUGGAGUGUCCAGGGUGCAUAGAGUGAUUGGUGAGGGAGAAAGGGAGAAUGCAAAGAUGAAUAAGAGAAAUGAAGCAAAGAAUGGGGGAGUGAAGCCACCUCAGUCUGCCCAGAGUUCUCACUGCGAGUGUUUCAUGGAAUUGCCUUUGUUAACUGUCCAGUGCCGUUUGGUCAAUGUCUCCAGUCCCUUUUCCCCAUCACAUUUUCAUAGAGAUUCCAAAGACCACAAAACCCACUCCUAAAACCCCCCUCUGUACAUUAAUUCUGUUUAACGUUCUAUGUAUUUCCCUUCGAUGUCCAAUCCCAUUUUGGCCCUUUAUGCCUUGAAGUACCUGAUAAAGAGGUUUUAUUGUGUUACUUACAGAUAGAUUUUGUACUUCAGGAUCCAGCAGAUGGCAUUAGAGUUCUGCAAUGACUCAUCUGUACUCUAAAAGAUCUAUUUUUAUGUGCUUUGGUGAUUAGAUUAUGUGCAUUUCUUCUAUUGGUAAUUGAGACAAUUAGACUAUAAAUUUCUUCCAUGUAUAAACUGAACACUGUAGACAUUUUUAAGAGCUCUGUUAAUCUCUGGGGACAAAUAAUUAAAAUUCCUUCUACAGGAAAA